CCAUAAUCUCUUCAUCAAGCUGAAGUGAAUGCAACCCCAACUUUCAAAUCUUGGAUUUAUUAUGAGUAACGGCGUCAACGCGUUAUCUUCCUGCAAAGAUAACCGGUUUUUUUCAUCAUCAUCAUCAUCAUCAUAUAUGUAUAUAUAUGUAUGUAUCUUCUCUUAAUUUGCUCCAAAUCCAUCGUCUUCCUGAAUAAUUAUAAGCUAUGGUUCUGAAGAAAAAAUUGCUCAGGAGCAUCUUUCCGGGUUGCUUCAAGCCCAAAGGAGCAGCGCUGGAGCCGGCAGGAAACAAUGGAGUCUCGAAGCAGGACUUGUUUCACAGGCUUUCGCUUGUGGAUUUGAGCAGCCCCGGCUCGCCGCUGUCUCUCAUCAGCGACCUAUCCAAUUCCCUCGCCGGAUCAAACCUUCAUGUUUUCACACACGCAGAACUGAAAACGAUCACCAACAACUUCUCGUCGAGCAAUUACCUCGGCGAGGGUGGGUUCGGUCCGGUUCACAAGGGAUUCGUCGAUGACAAGAUGAGGCCCGGCUUGGAGGCUCAGCCCGUCGCUGUGAAGCUCCUGGACUUGGACGGCCGUCAAGGCCACCGGGAAUGGCUGGCGGAAGUGAUCUUUCUGGGGCAACUGAGGCAUCCCCAUCUGGUGAAGCUACUCGGCUACUGCUGCGAGGAUGAGCAAAGGCUUCUUGUUUACGAAUAUAUGGCUCGAGGCAACCUCGAGAACCAACUGUUCAGAAGGUUUUCCAUUUCGUUGCCGUGGAAGACGAGGUUAAAAAUAGCAGUUGGCGCCGCAAAAUGUCUUGCUUUCCUCCACGGCGAAGAGAAACCGGUGAUUUAUAGGGAUUUUAAGGCGUCCAACAUAUUGUUAAGCUCGGAUUACACGGCCAAGCUCUCUGAUUUUGGGUUGGCAAAGGAUGGCCCUCAAGGCGACCAAACCCAUGUCACGACGCGGGUGAUGGGCACAGAGGGGUAUGCUGCUCCUGAAUACAUCAUGACAGGUCAUUUGACGACCAUGAGCGACGUGUACAGCUUCGGCGUCGUAUUGCUGGAACUGCUAACAGGGAGAAGAGCCAUGGAAAAGAGCCGGCCGAGCAGAGAGCAGUGCCUGGUGGAAUGGGCAAAGCCUCUUCUCAAGGAUCCCCAGAAGGUUGAUCGGCUGAUGGACCCGAGCCUCGAAGGGCAGUACUCGACACAAGGGGCCAAGAAGGCGGCAGCCCUGGCUCACCAGUGCUUGAGCCACCAUGCCAAGUGUAGACCCACAAUGAGUAAUGUGGUGCAGAUCUUGGAGCCUCUCAUGGACUUGGACGACCUUCCAUUGGAAUCCUUUCUGUACAUUGCUCCCAAUGCAACUGAUAAAACAAGCGUUUUGGGGAAAGAAGGGUUGAAAAAGACUGAGAAUCGCAAAGGCCACAGGCACAGGCACAGGGACAGGCUAAGGUCGACGAAAUUGCGAGCCGUCCACUCAGACACCGCUCUGUACAAAACUCUCAAGGAAUAAUUAAUGGCUGCUUCAUCAUGAACUAGCUAGCAUGAAAAAUUUUGAAAUCACAGCUUUCAUAUACAACAGUUGAUUACAUUUUGUAAAGUUUGGUGCUUGGAUCCUGUGAAGCUCUGUACCUAUAAAACUCUUGAUCGUAGCAUUCAGGAUAUGUAUAUAUAUCUACUUAAACCAAAUCAGAGUGGAAGAAUCGAUUCACGAUUUGUCUAACAACUCUUCGUGAAAAAAACUAUAAAAGUCGAUUCACGAUCUAUCUAACAACCCUUCACGAAGAAAACUAUAAAAGUUUUAU